AACAUAUCCAGCCAUGGCAUCCAAAUAAACAAGGAGAGAAGAAAAAAUAAAAUAAAGCCUUCAACAAGGAGGAGAACAUGGGAGUGAUAAGAUCUCCCAGGGAUAGCAGAGAUAGGAGUCGGCCGAUCAAUAAGGACAAGAAUACUGCCAUUAGAAACCCACAAGUCAUGGGUGCUCUUGCAGCAGUCACAUGUGGUAGCUAGCUUGCUCCAAUGAUGUGCCUUCUCCUCCCUAUUUAAAGACCCAUUGCAACCUCUAAAUUUGGGAGCCAGUUUCGAUCUUCUUUUCCUCUUAGCCAUCUUGGUCUCACUGUGAGAUAUGGAGAUGGGUGCCAAGUUUGGGCUUCUGAUCAUGCUAUCAAUGAGCUGCAUGGUAUUCACCGUCGAUGGCUUUGCGCCCUCUGGGUGGAUCAAGGCCUCGGCGACAUUCUAUGGCGGAAGCGAUGCGUCUGGAACUAUGGGCGGGGCAUGUGGCUAUGGUAACCUGUACUCUGCGGGGUACGGGACGAGAACCGCAGCUCUGAGCACGGCCUUGUUCGACGACGGGGCUGCAUGUGGCCAGUGCUACAAGAUCAUGUGUGACUACCGAGCGGACCAUCGGUGGUGCAGGAGAGGUCUGUCGGUGACCAUCACCGCCACCAACUUCUGCCCUCCGAACUUCGCACUUCCCAAUGACAAUGGCGGAUGGUGCAACCCGCCUCGCCAGCAUUUCGACAUGGCCCAGCCUGCAUGGGAGAAGAUCGGCAUCUACCGCGGUGGGAUUGUGCCGGUGAUCUACCAGAGGGUUCCAUGCAAGAAGCAUGGAGGAGUAAGGUUCGCCAUUAAUGGAAGGGACUACUUUGAACUUGUCCUUGUGACGAAUGUUGCGGGCGCUGGAUCAAUCCAAUCCAUGGCUGUCAAAGGCUCCAAAACUGGCUGGCUGUCGAUGUCCAGGAACUGGGGGGCAAACUGGCAAUCCAACGCUUAUCUUAAUGGCCAGUCCCUCUCCUUCAGAGUCGCAACAACGGAUGGCCAAACCUUGGUCUUUCCUGACAUUGUUCCCUCAAAUUGGCAAUUUGGUCAGACUUUCUCUAGCCGCUUGCAGUUUAAGCUCUAAGGUCCAGAUUUGGAGAGUAAAGAUGGCAGAGGCAUGCUUAAUAUUUUGCUAGAGUUGCCCGCCAUCCUAGUGAUGCUAAUCCGGAGUCGAACCUGUAACUCGAAGCAUCGAAACCUUCAGAUUAACAUUCAUGUUCGCGCUUGUUAAGAGGUCAUUGUUUUCAUUCAGUAAAUAAAGAUCCAGAAGUGCAUGGUAAUGAGAAUAUGUGCUUCAAUGAUCCAUGAUGUACAUCUUCCUAUUUACGAGUAAUCGUAUAUCGCUGUGCCUUGAUAUUUAAUUAGCA